AUGGAUCCAAAUAAGAACAAGAAUGGUAAUAAUCGACCUGAUUAUGGAAAUGCUUUCAAUAUAGGGUACCAGAAUCAAUUAGCACAACAGCAAGAAUUAUAUCAACAACAAUUCCAACAACUUGAGUCACUACAACAUCAUCAACAAUUUUCAGGAAGUAGUAAUCAGUUUCCACCAAUUCUGAAUUAUCCGUAUCAUCCUCUGGUUCCUCAAAUGAUACCUCUGAUGACUCCUCCUGUGAAUAAUCCAAAUAUCUUUCAACAACCUCCAUUAAUUAUGAAUCAACAACAAGUUCAAUUUCAUCCAGAAUCAAAUUUAUUACAACUGAAUUUACUGCAACAAGAAAUUGAAUUCAAGAAUACUGAAUAUAUAAGAAUAUUUACUAAACAAGCAAGAUUAAGCGAUCAAACAGGGAAAGAAAUUUAUGAUUCUUCAUUUGAACAAACAAUGAUUGAAGAACCAACCAUGGAACAAAUUGAACCCAGAGAAGAAUCUAACAUAAAUGAAGAAUAUUAUACAAUUGAUGAAAUUAAACAAAUUCUACAAUGUGAUGAUUCAAAAUCUAUGGAUUUAAGAUUUCAAUAUUAUAUUGAAUUAGCUGAUCAUUUUAUUAAUAAAGCACAUUUAUUAGUUGGAAAAACUAUAAAUAAUGAAAUUAUGGAAAUGUAUUUUAAAAUGAUCAAAAUUUCAAUUAAAUGUUUGAAGAUACUAGAUAGAAUGAAUUUAAAUUUAUAUCAAAAAUUUAUCAUAUAUUAUAAAUUAUCAAUUAUUUAUUUAAAAGAAACUGAAAAUUUAGAAAUUUGUGAAAAUUAUCUUAAUAAAGCUAUUUCAAUUGCUCAAAAUUUAAAUGAUUUGUCCAAACUAUUCAAUUGUGAAUUAUUAAUUAUUCAAAUUAUUGAAAAAACUAAUUUUAAAUCAUUAAUAAAUUAUUUAAAUUCAAAAUUACAAUUUUAUAAAGAUAGAAAUUUGAAUGUUUUAGUUGAUUGCUUAGAGUUGAUUAAAAUUAGAUAUAAUAUGAUUCAUAAUCCUGAUAAUGCAUUAAAUUCAUUAUCUUUAUUAACUGAAAAUAGUUCAAAUGUUCAAAUUAAAACUUAUUGUUUGAUUCAAAGUGCCAAUUUACAUUUAUAUCGAUCUUCUCCUGAAAUAGGUUUAAGAUUAGCUGAACAAGCUAAUGAGUUAAUUCAGGAAAAUAAUAUUGAAUCAUUAAUCUUACCAUUGUUAUUAACAAAAUUUGUGGCAUAUAUUCAACUUAAUAAAGAUUGUAAAAAGAUAAUUGGUCAAGCAUCUAAAUUCAUGACAAGAGAUGAUAAAUCAACACUGGGACUAAAGGAUGGUAAAAUAUUACUAUCAGUGUUUGUUCCUGAGUUGAAUCAUAAUUUUGAGUUUAAUUUUGAUUGGUUAACUACAGAAGAGUUUUCAGUAAUAGCUCAUUUAUUAACUGGCGUGUCAUUAUUAAAUGAUUCAAGAAAUAAAUCCAAAAUAUGUUUUGAAAAAGCAUUAAAGAAUAUUUCUAAAAUUGAAAAAACUAAUAAAUUUACAAAUAUAACUAUAGAAAAACUUCAUGAAAAACUACAACGAUUGAAAUAUUUAAAAUUUUUAAUAAAUUAUUAUCAAACUAUAAAUAAUUUCAUUAUGAAUAAUUAUCAAGUUGAUCCAUUGAAUAAAUUCAUGCGUAUGACAGAAAAGGAGAUUACUGAUAAAGAAUAUGUCAUGUAUAAAGGAUUCUAUCCAAUGAUAUAUUAUUGUUUUGCAAUGUUUUAUCAUCAUAAUGCAGAUAUCCAAGCAGCAAAGUAUUAUUAUUUAAAAGUAAUUGAACUUCAGUCGGUUAGAUCUCAUAGCAAUGUUCAACAUUCAUUUAUACAAUUAUUACAUGGUAUUCCAUGUGAAUCUAUUGCACCAAAGGGGAAAUUUAAUGAGUUGUAUAUAUUUUCAACUUUUAAUUUGGUUAUUUUAUUGAAUUAUGAAUGUAAUAAAUUAAGAGAUCAAAUACCUGAUUAUACUAUUGAAUUGAGGAAUAAAUGUAUGAAUGAUUUAGAAGAAGCAUUUAAAAAUAAUCUGAUAAUUAAUAAUAGUUUUAAUUACAAUUUUACAUUGAAUUCAGAUAUACUUAAUGUGACAUAUAAUUUAAUAUUAAAGAUUUUAUUACAUAAGGAAACCAAUUUAGAAUUGAAAACUAAGAUGGGAGAAAUGUUAUUAUCUUCAGAUAUGAAAUCAUCAUCAUCGUCAUCAUCAUCAUUCUUCAGUAUAUUGAUGAUGUAUUUAUUAGAGUUUAAAAUUCCAGGAGAUGAAGGGGAUAAAUUAUUAGGAUAUUAUCGUGAUAAAUUAAAAUUAGAUAAUGAUACUGAAGAUAUUUGUCGAUUAUUAAUACUGAAAGUUUUCAUUAAACAUUUUAAAAUGAUUGGAGAUUAUGAUAAAGCAUCAUUAUCACAAAUGCAAUAUGAUCAAUGUAAGAAGAAAUUAAGUACAAAAUUUGAAUUUUUGAAUAAUAAUCUUGUUCCAAAAACAAACAAGAAGUUAAAUAUUCCCAAAUGA